ACAAGUUUGUUUAAAGGAAGUGAGGGUCGGUCUUUGAAUUCACAGAUCGAUUAAAGAUAAAUAGUUUUAUAGCUGCUGUCAAGUGUAAGAGAGUUAACUGUGUAGAGAUAUAUAAGAGUCUGGAACUGAGAGGAGAUUCCAUGUCCAUCUCUGAGGCUGCAGAUGCGGUAGAGGAUAUCUCUGUUGAUUGUAGAGGCAGAUCCUGCAGCAGUAAGCCAGUCAAACAUGGUGGAAUGAAGGCUGCUGUUUUUGUCCUAGGUCUCCAAGGUUUUGAGAUGAUGGCAAUAGCAGCUGUUGGGAACAAUCUCAUCACCUAUGUACUAAAUGAGAUGCACUUUCCACUGUCUAAGUCUGCAAAUAUAGUGACCAACUUUAUAGGGACAGUCUUCCUCCUCUCCCUCUUUGGUGGGUUCCUAUCUGAUUCUUAUCUUGGGAGCUUCUGGACAAUGUUAAUCUUUGGGUUUGUGGAGCUUUCUGGUUUUAUACUGCUCUCAGUUCAAGCUCAUCUCCCCCAACUAAGGCCUCCCUCCUGUAAGAUUAUGUCGUCUGAGUACUGUCAAGAGGCAAAUGGAUACAAGGCUGUCAUAUUCUUUGCUGCAAUUUACUUGGUGGCCUUAGGAAGUGGUUGUCUAAAACCAAACAUAAUCUGUCAUGGAGCUGAUCAAUUCAGGAAGGAGGAAUCCAAGCAAUCGAAGAAGUUAUCGACUUACUUCAAUUGUGCAUACUUUUCCUUCUGCAUGGGAGAACUGAUUGCAUUAACUGUCCUUGUUUGGGUCCAAACACACUCCGGCAUGGAUGUUGGAUUUGGAGUCUCUGCAGCUGCCAUGACAAUAGGACUAAUUUGCUUGCUCUUUGGAACCUCUCUGUAUCGGAACAAACCACCUCGCGGAAGCAUUUUCACGCCAAUUGCUCAAGUUUUGGUUGCUGCAUUUACGAAGAGAAAGCAAAUAUGCCCUUCAAAUACAGAAAUGCUUCAUGGAAACCAAAACAAUGUGCCAAACCACCUCUUUGUCACAAUGUCGCCUAACGUCAUCACUCUCCUCCACACCGAAAAGUUCAGAUUCCUAGACAAGGCAUGCAUCAAAAUAGAAGAUGGAACUGAGAGGACCGAAAGUCCGUGGAGAUUAUGCACUGUAUCUCAGGUGGAGCAAGUCAAAAUAAUAAUCUCAGUUGUGCCCAUUUUUGCCUGUACCAUCAUCUUCAACACAAUCUUGGCUCAACUCCAAACAUUUUCAGUCCAGCAAGGAAGUACAAUGAACGGGAGGAUCACAGGAAGGUUCAAAAUCCCCCCAGCUUCACUCCAAGCCAUCCCUUACAUCAUGCUCAUCUUUCUUGUCCCUCUCUACGAAACUGUCUUUGUACCGACUGCUCGAAAAGUCACCGGAAGGGACUCCGGGAUAUCUCCUUUACAAAGAGUUGGCACUGGCCUUUUCAUUGCCACCUUUUCAAUGGUUUCAGCUGCAGUUAUUGAGAGAAAGAGAAGAAACUCGGCCUUGCAUUUGAACGAAGCUCUUUCGAUCCUUUGGAUUGCUCCACAGUUUCUCAUCUUCGGACUGUCAGAGAUGUUCACUGCAGUAGGGCUCAUAGAAUUCUUCUACAAGCAGUCAUUGGAAGGAAUGCAGUCAUUUUUAACUGCUAUGACGUACUGCUCAUACUCAUUUGGCUUCUAUUUGAGCUCACUCCUUGUUUCUCUAGUGAACAAAGUUACCUCAACUUCUUCAAGGGGAGGGUGGCUCAGUGACAAUGAUCUCAACAACGAUAAGCUGGACCGAUUCUAUUGGCUGCUGGCUGCUCUCAGCCUCAUCAACUUCUUCAAUUAUCUCUUCUGGUCAAAUUGGUAUUGUUACAACCCCUCUUUAUCGCCCACUAAUACUAAAUCACCCCUAGAAGAUAAAAAAGACUUGGAAAGCAGCAGCAACGUCAAUUGAUCUUCAAACUAGGCAUAUAUACUGAAGCUUCUCAUAAUAUUAUUAUGACUUUUAUUAGCUGCCUAGCUAAUAUUAAGAUUAAUUAACUUUUAAUACGUAGUUUUCUCUUCUUGUAUAUGUAUAAAAUUAAUUAAAACGCAAACCCCCGGGCCUGAUGCAACUAGAUAGAUGCACUACUACUUAAUCUCUUUAGUGCUACAUUUAUAUAUAUUAUUAUCUGUCA